CCUCGCGGGAACCAGCAGCACGUUCGAAAGGGGCGGGGACCUGAGGAGAAAGGGCGGAGAUUCAGAGCGCCGGAGGAGGUAACAUCCGGGAUCCUCGCCGUCUGGAGGGAGGGCGGUGCAGGAGAAGAGGGGCGGGGCUCGCUCCGGAGAACCGAACGUAGAAGUCCUGGUGGUGUUUGUCGGGCUGUGCUGCCAGUCCUUCUGCUGCUUUUGGUUUUUUCUCAGUGCUACGCAGGGCUUCUUCUGGCGGCCCUGUGGGUCCCGAGGGUCGGCCGCCAGGCACAGGUUUCCUAAAAGGAAAAAUGGAGGAAACUCUAAAUCAAAUGCAGCCACUGAAUGAAAAGCAAGUAGCCAAUUCUGAAGAUGGAUAUGUAUGGCAAGUCACUGACAUGAAUAGACUGCAUCGGUUCUUAUGUUUUGGUUCUGAAGGUGGGACUUACUAUAUCAAAGAACAGAAGCUGGGCCUUGAAAAUGCUGAAGCUUUAAUUAGAUUGAUUGAAGAUGGCAAAGGUUAUGAAGUGAUACAGGAAAUAAAGUCAUUUAGUCAAGAAGGCAGAACCAUAAAGCAAGAGCCUUUGCUCUUUGCACUUGCUAUUUGUUCCCAGUGUUCUGACAUAAGCACAAAACAAGCAGCAUUUAAAGCUGUUUCUGAAGUUUGUCGUAUUCCUACACAUCUCUUUACAUUUAUCCAAUUUAAGAAAGAUCUGAAGGAAAGCAUGAAAUGUGGUAUGUGGGGUCGUGCUCUCCGGAAGGCUAUUGCAGACUGGUACAAUGAAAAAGGAGGCAUGGCCCUUGCUCUAGCAGUUACAAAAUAUAAACAAAGAAAUGGCUGGUCUCACAAAGAUCUGUUAAGACUAUCACAUCUUAAGCCUUCCAGUGAAGGACUUGCCAUUGUGACCAAAUAUAUUACAAAGGGCUGGAAGGAGGUCCAUGAAUUGUAUAAAGAAAAAGCACUUACUGUGGAAACUGAAAAAUUAUUAAAGUAUCUGGAGGCUGUAGAGAAAGUGAAGCGCACAAAAGAUGAACUGGAAGUCAUUCAUCUAAUAGAAGAACAUAGAUUAGUUAGGGAACAUCUUCUAACAAAUCACUUAAAAUCUAAAGAGGUAUGGAAGGCUUUGUUACAAGAAAUGCCUCUUACUGCAUUGCUAAGGAAUCUAGGAAAGAUGACUGCUAAUUCAGUGCUUGAACCAGGAAAUUCAGAAGUAUCUUUAGUAUGUGAAAAACUAUGUAAUGAAAAACUGUUGAAAAAGGCUCGAAUACAUCCAUUUCAUGUUUUAGUUGCACUAGAAACUUAUAAAACAGGUCAUGGACUCAGAGGAAAACUGAAGUGGCGCCCUGAUGAAGAAAUAUUAAAAGCAUUAGAUGCUGCUUUUUAUAAAACAUUUAAGUAUCAUCAAAAAAAACAACAAAAGAUAGGAAUAAAUAUAAGGAGAUGCAAGAAUCACAUACUGAAAACUGCAAAACAUUUUCAGGUUGUUACACGAACAGAAAAGGAUUCUUCUAUAGUUGCUUUUUCACAUGAAAUGGUACCAUGCCCUGUGACUACAGAUAUGACCUUACAACAGGUUUUAAUAGCUAUGAAUCAGAUCCCAGCAGGUGGAACAGAUUGCUCUCUUCCAAUAAUUUGGGCUCAAAAGASAAACACAGCUGCUGAUGUCUUCAUUGUAUUCACUGAUAAUGAGACCUUUGCUGGAAGCAUCCAUCCUGCUAUUGCUCUAAAGGAGUAUCGAAAGAAAAUGAAUAUUCCAGCUAAACUCAUUGUUUGUGGAAUGACAUCAAAUGGUUUUACCAUUGCAGACCCAGAUGAUAGAGGCAUGUUGGAUAUGUGCGGCUUUGAUACCGGAGCCCUGGAUGUAAUUCGGAAUUUCACAUUAGAUGUAAUUUAACUAUAAACACCAUCAUGACCUAAGAGGUCCAUUGCUAUCGCUGAAAAUAUGCAGCUACUUCCCACCUAAUCUCAAUCCAGUGAACGAUGAUAGUGCAGUGUGUGCAWAAUUGAAAGUAACUUUACCAAAAAAAGAAAAAAAAAAUUAAAAACUAGGAAGAAGGAAAAAUAAAGAUGAGCCCAAAGUUCUAUCUACUAAACUAGCUCUUGGGAAAUAGCUUCAGGAUAUUACAGCUUCCUCUCUCUCAUAGAGAACUUUUUGUUAAUAGAUACUAUAAAAUAGUCAAACAGUUUUGCUCUGGUCAAUGAUACAUUUGUACUUCAAAAAGGUGAUAUCCAAAAGUAAGCAGUUCCACAUCAUGUUACUUAUUUGAGAAGUGCUUAAUGUUUUCUUAAAUGUUUUCAUUGGAAAAGGACAGCUUUGAUAAUACCCAGAUACUCUGAAAUGCACUAGACCAUAUAACUGUGAAGGAAUAUGAAACUCAUCUAUAAACUUUUAUAUAUAUCGGAUAAAAAACUUAAGACACAUGAUUAAAUUAUGAGUGAGUUUUAAAAUUUCCUUUCAGAGUUUUCUAAGAUCAUAUAAAUAACAGCUUUCUUAUUCAAUGAAACAGAUAUUUUAUUCUUGAUGUUUUAUUUGUAGUUGUAGAAUCUGUUACCAUUAAGAAGAAACAUAAUGGGAAAACCCUAAGAAUGUUAUAGGGCCUGAAGAGACUAAAAUUUGUUGGGUGUGGAAUUGGUUUUCUUUGUUUAUUGUGUUUUAUUGCUCUGAAUGAAGGCUGUAACUUGACAGUGAUUUCCUCUAAAUAACAACAUAGCCUCAUGUCGUCACAUUUUUGUUUUKCAUACUCACAAAUGGAAAUAACAUUUCAAGAAUUUGAGUUCCCUCUUCAUAAUCUUAACAGUAUAAUAAUUAGAAUCUCAACUGCCUUUUCCUUACUCUUAAAAAUUGUUUUAAUUACUUUUUCUAGUCAAUUAUAAAUGGGUUUUAAAUAUUUUCUAAUAGUAAACAUGUCCACAAUCCAUUUUUGUGACAGAACAUUCUUUUUUGAUAGGGCAAGACAUGUCUUUCAGGUUUGAAAAGCAGUUUUUGAGUAGCAUAUUUUGAACUAACCAGUCUGUAGGAAAUUGCUAUUUUUAUCUUUUGUUUAUGUGUAUUAAACUUCCUUUACAUUACACUAACAUAUGCAUUAUUUUCUUGAACAAGUAUCCCAUCUUCAUUAGGAAGUUUAACAUUAAAGCAAUCUGUUGAAAUGUUAGUAUCUAUUCUCAUCAUUCUAUAAAGGUUGUCUAAGAUAGCUGUUACAUGUAAAACUUGCAUUUCUAUGCAUUGUUCUUUAAAUAUUAAAUAAAGAUUUUUUUAGGGUUCUUAAAGCUCUUAUGAUAAAUGUAAAACAAUAGUAAACAUAAAUUAUAACCACCUAUGUGCUUGGGAAUUAGAGAUUUUAUGUUUUGGAGGCAAGGUGACUUUAAUAGUAUGAGGAUUUGAAUAUGUAUUCUAUUUUCAUAGUAGUUUGGGGCUUUGGGAACAAUAAGAAAAUGUUCUUUUCAAAUGUAUUUGGCAUAUUAAUGGUGGCUUUGAUAUUUAGCUAUUCCUGCAAGACAACUAAUAGCAGUUUUUAAAACUAGUAACAGUUAUUUACCUAAGAGAUUUUUGGUCCACAAAGCUAGUUGUAUCUCCCAUUCCAGAUACACAUUGUUUCUGAUGUUUUUCUGGUUUUAACCCUCUAUCAAGCAUGGAGUGGAUUUAACAGCCACUUUUGAUACAGUAUUAAGUUCAGAUCAAAUUUGAAGAACCCAAGAUCUUCAAAAAUAUGAUUUUUUAUUCCUAAUAGAACUGUUAAAUAGAAUAUAAUAUAAAUGUUUACUUAACUUCAGUUAUGUGCUAUUUAGAUAGAGCUUUCAUACAAAUAUAGGAGCUAAUUUUAAACCCAUCAGAAAAAUGUAUUAGAGGAGACUUUUUGAAGUAUUUAGAUAGGCCUAAUUAAAUGGAUUAGAGUAAGAUUUAAGAAUGACAAAUAUGAAAGGAAAACUGAAAGAAGCCACCAGAGAACAUAAUUUUACUUUCAAAUUAUGACACUUUAGAGCUUGAAUGAUACCUUAGAAACUUAAAAACUAACUUUUGAAUUUCAUCUGGAGACCCAAGGUUCAAAACGGAAUUUGAUUCUCUUAACACUAUACGUGAUCUACAAAUCUUGGUCUCUUCAUUCCCGUUACACUUUUCACUCCCCACAUCGUGGGAACACAUUCACUUAGAAGAAUAGAAUUAUUCUCAGAAAAUAGAAUUAUUGAAAACUUUUAAGGAAAUGUAUAUACAUGAUUGCUUUAAGAGUAGAAAAACAGAUGUAAACAUUAUCAUUUUUAAUUCAUAGUAAUCCUGAAGCACAAUUAUUGUUUUAAUAAGCUAUGUUGCUAUAUAACAGUCCUAUAGAAAAAAGUAAAAGACUUUACCUCAUUAUAAAUAGAAUGUACUUGAGUGAUAAACAAGCUUUAUUUUCUGAAUUACUUCUAGGAUUACUGUUACAUUAAUAUUGGGGAAAAUACUGCUUUUAAAAACAGUCCUGGGCUGGGGAUACAACUCAGUUGUUAGAGUCCUAGGUAAUGACAUAUUUCCAAGAUAUAGUUGUAAUUAGUAAAAUAAAAAAUGAAUUUACAGUCUCACCUUUUCUUAGUUGAAAUUCUUUGGAAAUUCUAUUUAUUAAAACAUUAGCUAAAUAACUAUUUUAAGAGAAUGUUAGUAUGGCCAUAUGGUUGUGAAUGAAAUUUAGUGUUGCACCAUUGGAACCUCUUUUGCUUUCUCACUUUUUUUUUUUUUUUUUUUAAAGAGAGAGAGAACUUUU